AUGGCAAGAAGCUUCUUCCGAGCACUGCCUCUGCUGGGCACCAUCGCCUUUGCUGAGCAUGUCUGGCUCAACCAGACUGCCGGAAGUUGGCAGGUGGUCUCAGAUGAAGGACUUUUGGGAUUCCACGGCACCGUUCGUGGUGCAGGUGGUUUCACGCAUCUGUCGGCUGCGGCCGCAUCCGGCGCUGAAGCGCUGAGGACUUGGGGUUUUGACCAGCUGAAUGACACCAUCGAAGAAGCGGAGUCCUUGGGCCUGAAGUUCUCCGCUGGCAUUUGGCUCUCGCACAACAAGUCAGACUACGAGGACUGCAGCGACAUGGAUGACGACCCCUAUUGGCAGACAGAGCUGGAUCGCGUGCUGCAGGGUGUGCGAGCCUUCAAGGCUUCUCCGUCCAUCCUUUGGUGGACAGUCGGCAACGAGAUCGAGUUCGCCACGGAGGUGACUAAAGGUUCAGAAUGCACCUGGAGACGGCUGGAGUGGUUGGUCCAGAAGGUGAAGGAAGAGGACCCGAUGCACCCGGUGGGCACGGUCUUAGCAGGGGCUCAUGAUGAGAAGGUAAAAAUGAUCGCGCGGAUUGCCACGUCCCUGGAUUUCCUCGGCAUCAAUGCAUACGGGGAGGACUCGCUGAAGGUUGGGACGACCUUGCAGCGUCUGGGAGUGACCUUGCCAUAUGCCCUGAUGGAGUUUGGCCCGACAGGGCAUUGGGCUUCGCCCGUCACAGCCUGGGGCUCCUAUAUCGAGGAGAGCUCCACAGAGAAGGUUCCGAGGUAUAUGGCAACCUGUGAGCUAUGCUUCUCUGAUCCACAGUGCAUUGGUGCCUUCGCCUUCGUGUGGGGAUGGAAGUGGGAGAAGACAGGAACCUGGUACGGCCUCUUCAAUGAGUGGCCCGAGGUCACCACGGAAUUAACCAAGGCCAACUGUACCACCUGCGAAGCCGAGGUUCUUGGUGCUCUGCAGAAGUGCUGGACAGGUGAGGAAAAGAGCAGUAAAGCCCCAAGCCUCCACAACGUGAAGCUCAACGGAGAGGCCUUGGAAGGCAUGCGCUUCUCGGUGGAUCAGGAGGUGGUCUCCCUGACGGUGAACGCGAGCCAGGCGCAGGGACAACCAUUGACGGCCGUGUGGGUGGUAACCGAGGAGGUCGUGUCAGACGCGCUUGGUGGUGCGUUCGAAGCUACCAAUCCUUUGUUGGCGGACGUGUUUGUGGACAGUGUGGAAAACACCAGCGCCCUGGGUCUAGAGGUGCAGCUCAACGCAACUGGUUUGACGAUGGGCGGCAACUACCGCCUCUACGUUUUCGUGAGAGAAGAUCCUGACCAUUGCAAUGGCCCUUGCAACAACCACGAGUCUGUGGCUUCGCUGGCGUUCCGAAUAUGCCACGAUGCACAGCCUGGCGAGGAAUGCUACAGCCACGUGUCUUAUGCGAAAGAGUAUGGCCUCCACAACCACCCUGGCAGGUAUCCGGGCGUCACGUCCGAGUCUUCCUUUGCAGAGGUGCAAAUGUCUCUUGCCCAGAAGCAAGUGGGAUCCUGCCAAAUGCCGUGCUCUAUCCAGGAGUGGUGCCACACGGCGCAGCCGGGGGAGGAGUGCUACGACUUCGUCGAGUGGCUCUUAGAGGGCAACAACACACAGACGGCACCAGAGGCGCUCGCAGAUGCCAGCAGCAUCAAGGGAGCCCAGCAGACCAUUUACGAAACGAUGCCAGGGAUCUGCGCCCGGCCAUGCAAGACUGAGUCGCUGCAGUGCUACCCGAACUGCGCAGACACAGGUGGCGCAGGAGCUGGCAGUGGUUCAUCGGAGAUGAGUGGAGCCCCCGCAAGAGCUUUCGGGGCCGUGGCAACCCUCCUGGCUGCUGCUUUAAGCUGCUGA